GUGUUGCACAACGUCACGGGUAGUAAACAUAUUGCGGGUGUUUCGUAGUAAAUGACAAAUUCGCUGUUUACAAUUGGGAGUUUACCAAUUUAUUUUCGGAUAAUCUGGUAAAAUGCUUCAAAAUGUAUGCCGCGUGUGUGCCAGCAGCACGGAUAACUCAAAAUCGCUUAAACUAUUUAAUAAUGGAGCUAGUAAAGUCCUGCAGCAAAUCAACUUACUCACCGGCGUCGUACUCCAAUUUGAAGUCGAUUUACCCGACUGGAUGUGCGAGACCUGUCAAUCGGAUCUAAAGAGUGCCAUAUCUUUUCGCGAUCGCUGCCUGAGCAGUCAAAAGAUCUUUGAGGAGUCACUGACCAGAUGCGAAGUAGCCACAUCCCGCUCCUCAGUUCGUCGAAGUGCCCGCUCUCAAAGACAACGCCAUGAAGAUCCCGUUCCAAAGAGCCCGUCCCCCUUAGAGGUUAUGAUCAAGCUGGAGAGCCUGAGUAAUGGGGACGAAGAAGACGAUGGAAUCGAUCACCUGGAUUCGUGCAAUGAGGCCGCCAUGGAGAUGGCCAUUAAAACGAUGUCAUCCUUUUCAGAGGAUGAUGAGCCCACCUCAGAAAUUCGCGUGAAAAGAACCCGACGUCGGGGACUCAAGAAAUCCGAAAAAAGUGAAAAGCGCUCGAAGGUAGCGCUCCCCGUGUUUUUUUGCGAUCAAUGCGGUAACAACAUUACGGGAAAGUCUUCCUUCGAUCGUCAUCUGCGUAAGCACAGUGGGAUCAGGCCCUUCCAGUGCGAAUUGUGCCCCGCCCGGUUUCUUUCCUCCGGAGAACUUAAGGGACACCAGGUCAUGCACACCGGGGAUCGAAAUUUUCAAUGCCGCUACUGUGACCGAACCUACGUCAACUAUAGUGGACGCCUGCGCCAUGAGAGGACCCACACAAAUGAUCGGCCUUUUGUUUGUGCCCAGUGCGGUAAGACCUUUACCAACUCUUACAUCCUGAAGAACCAUAUGCUUAUCCACACUGGUGAACGUCUGUUUAGAUGUGAGCUAUGUCAUCGAUCGUUUGCGCGACCCACCCAUUUAAAGACUCACUAUCGGUCCAAUACCCACAAGCACAAUGUGGAGAAAGCGAAAGUAGAGUCGGGUGAGGUACAGCUGUCACAAUCCCAGCCAAAGGAGGAGACUAAAUUUGUAGCGGAAAAGGAGACAGAAGCGGAGGUUGUUCCCUUUACGAUAGAAGUGCCUUUGCCAGCGGAAGAGGAGCAGGAUGAAUCUUUGGAUUUGGCUACUCUGGGAACAUCCACUCUAAUUUAUAGUACAAAUUAGAUAAUUUCCGAGUCAAUCUCAACCCUAAAGCCAAAUAUAGUGUACAGUUUUGUUUAUUCGGUAUUAAGGUCUAUCUGCAAUAUGCUCCUAAAUGUUUUUAAAUUUUUAAAUGAAUAGUUCAGAAUCCUUA